CGAUACCAUUGCUUGAUUGAUAGAUAUACUACACAUACGAUUUAAAUUUCCAUUUAUGGAAUCUGACUUGGAGAGAAAUUUCGUUCAAAAGCCUUCGUUCUCUCCAAACCAUACUGGUAGGCACGUUACAAUGCUAGCCCUACGCAGUCUCCAACCUCGAGCCCUUGAUUUUGCGCGACGACGCGCGACAAUACAAGUAGCUCUCGCAUCGACAGCUGCAGACACUGACGCCUCACAGUCUCAGUCGUCCGAAGAACCCGUGACACCGGAGAAGAGGCAGUCUCGGGCAAUUAGAACACGUCGGCCUAGAAUUUCGCUGCAACAUCCGCGUGAAUGGAACAGGCCUCUUGCAUUUGGUGUUCUUCCUGCGUUCGAUGAAGCACUGAAGGUCAUCAAAGAGGAUUCAAUGGCGCUCAAGGAGGAGGUAAAGGCUUUGGAGGGUGUCAUUGCGCGUGAAAAGGAGACACCUCAGCCUAACCAGGACGCUUUGCGGGUGCUGGAGGAGAAGCUGAGAAUUUUAGAAGUGCAGAGUGAGAUAAAUUUCCCUCAAGUGAGGUGGAAAUGUGCCAAUGGGAUGGCGGACAUGUCAAAAAUCGUAGACAGACACCUACUGGAGCAGCGGUGGAGGAAGGAGGGUGCAUUAGACUUGCUGAUGGAGCGUAUCCACCAGAUGAAAGUUGUGCCAGACGUCUUGCCUGAUAUUCGUCCUUCGUUGGACCUCCGGGUUAACUUCCCAAAAGUGAAGUCGAAUACAGGGCUUCCGGUUACUGUUUCAAAAGUCGUGUACGAGCACGUAGAACCAGGAGUAUUUCUUCUUCCAGAGCAGACUGUAGAGCCUCCUAAGAUAUUUACAACCGUCUUUCAUCCAGAGGAGCGACUAUAUACUCUUUUGAUGAUCGAUCCGGAUUUUCCCGAUGAGACUAAUCAAACAUUCCAGACGUAUCUGCAUUGGCUUCAACCGAAUAUAUCUCUUUCAAGCCUUUCGCCUUCCCCAGUGCCCAACCUGAACACCCACACUGCCUAUAUACCUCCGCACCCACAACGUGGGACUACAUAUCACCGCUAUACCAUGCUACUCCUUCCCCAACAGUCCCGUCUAUCUAUUCCUAUGGUUGCUAAGGACAAGCGUGCGGCCUUUGACGUCAGAGCGUUUAUGGAGCAGCACGGGCUAGAUAGCAACGCUGGGGGAGGUGUCCAUAUGUGGCGAGAGGUUUGGAGUGAAGGAGUUCCCGCGGUGUACAAGGACAUACUCAAAACUGCGGAGCCGAAGUUCGGGAGGAUGCCCAAAGCAGACCGAUAUGGGGAUUUUAGGGGGAAGAAGCGGUAUGUGUGAACACUGGGCAGGGUAGUGUCCUUCGGUGAUUACCAGGGAAGCAAUACUUGAUAACUCAUCGGUCCAUCUGAUCCCCGCUGAUCCCCUCCCACACCAUAAAUUCAUAUUCGUUGAUACUAAGCCCGAUUCUUCAGCACCACGUGUUCAGGCGUUACUUACAGUGAAAGUUGAAUCAGAUAACGUAUGUUAACAACCAAGCAGCUAAUAACGGCAUCCUUCGUGAAGAUCUAAGUCUGAGUAGAAGCUUGGUGAAAACAACGGACAACGAACGCUCGCCCAAUAAAAU